GAGGAGAAUGGUGAAAGAGAAAAUGAUUCAAUGCAAGGACGGACAGGAGAAGGAGACGCUGAGCUCAACUUACACAUCACUGGACAAAGAAGUGAAGAAGAGUGCUAGGAAGGACAAAAGACGAUUCUACGACAACCUCGCCACUGAAGCUGAGAAGGCAGCAGGCAAAAGGGACCUGAGGACACUAUAUCAGAUAACCAAAUCUCUAUCCGGGAAGAGACCAACACAAGCGAAACCUAUAAAAGACAGCCAAGGGAAGCCCAUUACCAAGGAAGAAAAACAGAUUAAACAAUGGGCGGAUCACUUCAAAGGACUCUUGAACCGACCACCACCUGCAACCCGUCCAGAAAUACCAACAACAGCGCGCACACAACUGCAAGUUGACACCAAUCCUCCAACGAGAGCUGAAGUCUUGAAUGCAAUCAAACUUCUGAAAGCUGGAAAAACAGCCGGACCAGAUGGAAUACCCCCUGAAGCACUGAAAGCAGACCCAGAGACGACAGCAGACAUGCUGACUCCAUUAUUGCAAAAGGUCUGGAAGGAGGGAAAGGUGCCUACUGACUGGAGGAAAGGUUACCUCGUGAAACUACCAAAGAAGGGCGACUUACGCCUCACUCUGCAAGAACUGGCGAGGAAUCAUGCUCCUAUCGACGCCAAGUAAAAUCCUGAGUCGCAUCAUCCUGGAGAGAUUAAAGGACGCACUGGAGACAGAACUCCGACCAGAACAAGCUGGAUUCAGGAAAGGCAAAUCAUGUACUGACCAAAUUGCAACUCUACGCAUCAUCAUCGAACAAAGCAUGGAAUGGCAAUCAAACCUCUACCUCAACUUUAUAGACUUUGAGAAGGCCUUCGACAGCGUUGAUCGUGAAGUAAUUUGGAAAUUACUCGAGUACUAUGGCGUACCCCAAAUAUUCAUCAACCUUAUUCAACAGCUGUACGACAACGGCACCUGCCAAGUGAUCCACAACGGAAGACUCAGCGAGGCGUUUGGAGUAAACACAGGAGUCAGACAAGGGUGCUUACUAUCACCAAUGAUAUUCCUAAUUGUGGUGGAUGACUGGAUUAUGCGUCAGACUGUGGGAAACGAGAAGACAGGAAUAUCCUGGACCGACGUGAAGAACCUAGAAGACCUGGAUUUCGCGCGUGGAUGAUUUAUGUU